AUGGAAGUCCAGGUAAACCCCAACGAGGACACCGAGUGGAAUGACAUUCUCCGCAAGCAUGGCGUUAUCCCCGAAAAGCCCCAGGACCCUGAACCAUUGAUCCAAGAGGCCCUCGUGGAGGCCGAACGAAAAGCACAUGAGAACAGACUCGAAGACAAAGACCUAGAUGAGUUGCACGAUCUCGAAGAUGAAGAAGACGAAGAAUUCCUCGAACAAUACCGCCAAAAGCGGCUCGCAGAACUCUCUACCCUCCAAAAAACCAGCAUCUAUAACCAAGUUUACCCCUUACAAAAAGUGGACUACGCCCGCGAGGUAACAGAAGCCUCCAGCAAAUCCUUCGUGCUCGUCCACCUCACAUCCACCAGCGGGAACGUCGAGUCGCGGAUUCUGUCCGACCUGUGGCGUCAACUAGCUAUGAAAUACGGCGACAUUAAAUUCUGCGAGAUCCGCGGCGAUAUGUGCAUUGAAGGGUAUCCGGAGCGGAAUACGCCCACGAUUCUGGUAUACAAGGACGGAGAGAUUAGAAGGCAGCUCGUCACAUUACGGGAGCUCAAUGGACCCAAGACUAAGCUUGAAGACCUUGAGCGAAUGCUAGUGGAUCUGGGUGCCUUGAAAGAAAGCGAUGUCCGUCUAAAGAAGCGAUCUUACUCGUUUGACGAGGAGCGUUCAUCAAACAUCAGAAAUGCGAAUGUCGAAGAUUUCGACGAUGAUUGGGAUUGAGAGAACAAUGACGCGAAUUAUAUUCUAGUACAACAUGUUAUUAUCAUGCUGUUAUCUGAUAACGGAUCGUCCUUCUUUUUUACACAUACGAUGCAUACGUUAAAAUAUGGGGACAAACUCGAAAAUGACACGGCUCAACUGGGGUUGUUGAUCAACUCGCUUGCAUUUACAGAAUGAGACUUUAAGUUCAUGUCAAAGGAUAGGUGACCGGGAGAGCACAGUUGUGUUGCUUCAUGAAUACAAGCAUGUAUAUAUCAAAUUGUGAAUCAUUCAGUCGUCCGAUAGUGCAACCGCAAACGCUAGCAUUC